AUGGCUAGUCUAGGGUUUGGUGCAGCAGUGGGUGCAGCAGUGGGUGCAGCAGGGGGAGCAGUACGGGCUAUGGUGGCGGGUGGGGAAGGAACUGCUGUGGCGAGUGCAGCAGGAGGGGGUGACAGUGGUGCGGGGGAGAAUUGGGGGGAGCGAGUCGGGGGAGGGGCGUCAGCAGCGGAGCAGGGGGGCACGGGAGGGGAGGGGGCAGUGGCGCGGGACAUGUGGAUGAAGUUUGGGGAGGAGUUCAAGAUGCUGCCCCGGCAGGGCAUGGACAGCAGCAUGCGGAACCCGUGCUGGCGCGUGCAGGCAGGCAGUGCGGCGGGUAGUGCGGGCACGGAGGGGGGGGCAGGCCCCGAAGUGCACUGCCUGCCGUACUUCUUCAUCAUCGGUGCCACCAGAAUGUUGUCCGUCCCUCACUGCUCCUUCUUGCACUCGCCCUCGUACUUCCUGCUCCAUCUCCUUUCCCCUUCCCCUCCCUGUGCACCGGCGGGCACGCAGGACCUGUACCGCAAGCUGACGUCCUCCAUCAUCCCGGGCAUAUUCCCAGCCGCCAUCCCCAACCCCCAGUGCUCGUUCCUGUCUUCGUGCGAAAUGGCUCCUUGCAGUUUCUUCUUCUUUGAAUGCUUCCACCAACAGCUCAAAUCGCAGUCCUCUGUCUCGUCCUCCCUUCUCUGCUUCCCUGCCUCUCAUCCUCUCCCCUCCUGCCACACAACAACCACCAUCCUCAUCUCGCCACAGCCACUCCCCUCCCUCCCCUCCUCUCGUCCUCCUCAACUCCAACCCUCUCAUGAACCCAUGACCGCAACUGCCCGAGAGACACACACCCCCACCCAUCACAUCUCCCUGCUCGCCUCCACCCCUCCUCUUCCCAUCCCUUCCCCGCGGUUUCCCCCCCACCUCCUCCCCUCUCCUGCCUCCAUACCCCCGCUGCCCCAUCCCCACCCUCCCUUGUGCAGGUGGGACCGCAACGGAGCACGGGACUUUGCGUGGUACGUGUCGCUGUUUGACGAGGCAGCGCAGCACAUGGUGAACACGGGGGGCAGCGCGGUGACAGGCGAGGCGUCCAGCACGCUGCUCACCAGCUCAGGCGUGGUGCUGCGAGGCCACGUGGACGACAGGCACACGGUGCCGCAGCUGCUGCACCUCGGGCUGCCCAGGAGCAAGUUCAUUGUCAUCCUCCGGAACCCCGUGGACCGGUUUUUCUCCGAGUUUAACCUCGCUGCCGCUGUCAACCCCUCACCCUCCGUUCCCAGGGACUUUCAUAAAUACCGUGUUGGAGGAUGA